GGAUGUGUGGACGGGAGUCUAAUAGCCAUCGUUCGCCCUAAGAAGCUCGGCCCUGGCGAAACGGAAUCGUAUACUGGAGCCGUAAAGGGUAUUACGCCCUCAACUGCAUGGUCGUGUGUGAUGCAAAGCUGAAUAUCCUGGCAAUUGACCCACGGUUUCCGGGAUCGUGCCACGAUUCUUUCGUUUGGAGGCAUUCUGCAUUUCGCCGCCGCCUCACUCGUGGCCUGUUACUUCAUGGAGAAGUCUUGCUUGGGGACUCUGGGUACCCGCUAGAGCCAUGGAUCAUGACUCCUGUGCCUGGUCACCCAAAUUGCCUCACGGCAGAGGGGCGGUAUAAUGAGGCACACGCAUCAAUGCGAAAUGCCGUUGAGCGGUGCAUAGGAGUCGUCAAGAGCCGCUUCCGAUGCCUGCAGAGGUAUCGGGUGCUCCACUACUCGCCUCAGAAAGCAGCCACUAUUGUUGCAGCUUGUGCAGCGCUGCAUAACCUCUGCCUUGCAGCAGGCGUGCCUCUGCCAGACGACCCAGAUGACGACGGUGCACAUGACGACAGCGCACAGGAGCCAGCCCGGGCACAAGUGCCGCUUCAAGUACAGGUGCCACCGCAGGCGCACCCUGUACAGCCUUCUCGAGCUUUGUUUCAAAGAGGCCGUGCGGUGCGUGAAUCCAUAGUUGGUGUGUUUCGGCUGCCCAGAAAUUUCCGCAUUGCCUACCUGCAAAGUGUGCGCCGGCGCAUUCGCUGGCAAAUGAGGUGGAGACAUGUGCUGGUGUAACAUGUUUUAUUUUUAUUUUCAUGAAAGUAAAUAGGCCGUGCACUUCAACAUAACAGACUGCGUGGGCUCACAUGUGGCUAAUCAUAGUAUGCUGCAUACUGCAGUAGUGAAAAGCACAUGAUUUGUCUAUGUUGAGCAUGACAGAUACACAUGCAGUGACAAAUAACCAUGUGCCAUUAUUUUACUCCUUUGCUUUGUUCACUGUGCUUUUGAAUAGUGUCUCGCCAGGGGAUUUUCUUUAAAUAAAGGUUAUUUCCAAGGUGAAUGGCAACCAAUCUUGCAUUGUUGAAUAUUGCUUUGCAAUGCCUAUUUUACUGUGCAGUAUGCAUUGUUCCAA